AUGCAAAUGGAAUGGGAAAAACUAGAUGGAAGAUCCAGAAUCUGGGUGGAGCAACUAAGAGGUAUUUCCCUUGAAACUCAAUUUGUCCUUAACAAAUAUGAUGCCAAAUUGAAUCAUAAGCCAAUUCUCAUCUACAUUUGUAAGUACUGGACUCGACAUGUUGUUAGUAAGAAGAUAGAUGGUAUCAGAAACAAAAUUGAAGAUGCUUCUAGGAGAAGAAAAGCAUAUGGUUUAGUGCAAAUUCAAAGCCGAGUUGUAUCUAAGAUUCAAAUAUUACGUGCACGGAUGCAACCGUAUCUCGCUGCCAAGAAAUCCAGUGUGGUUGGAUUUGAUGAUGACACACAAGUUCUGAUGACGGAGUUACUGUCAGACGAGAAAUGCCGCUGCAUUACUUGGAUUGUUGGAGUCGAAGGCACAGGUAAGACAACACUAGCCAAUUUGAUAUUUGAAGACAACACUGUUGUAGCUCAUUUUCAGCGUCGCGUAUGGGUGUCACUGCCUUCAAAUUGUACGACAGACCAGUUUGUUGCAGAAAUUGGCAAGGAGACCGCCAAGAAAAUUACAGUAGAAGAAGAAAACAUGCCCACUUAUUACAUACUCACAACCUUGGCACACUCAAAGUACCUUAUAGUUGUUGAUGGCCUUAAAGAAACAUCCAAAGUAUACUUGGAUACCUUGAACAGGGUCAUACCUGAUAUGUUAACAGGAAGCAGAGUUCUUUUUACUACUCGCAAUGCAACAGUAGCCCAACAUGUAGCAGGUAGAAUCAUUCUUCACCCAUUACAGUUAUUAGAUGAUGAAACUAGUUGGCUGUUGUUCACAAGACAUUUGAAGGUCCCCAAGUCAGAAACAGAACUUAUCAAGGUUGGAAAAGAAAUUGUGAUGAAAUGUGGGGGACUGCCAUCACAAAUACUGAAAACAAGUGAUUGCUUUAUCCACGAAUGGAUAAUCUGUAAAAUGGUUGAGAUAUUAAGCAGUCUUAGAAAAGAUCCUUCAAAGUCUGUUGUAUUUCACUUUCGUCUUGGUGUUGAAAAUGUGCCUGGGCAGAUGAGUAAGCUGUUGCAGUUGCAUCUUGGUGACUGUUUGGUUUUAAUUGACUCCCUAGAUACAUGUUUCUCUGAAUCAGUGAAUGUGAAAGUUCUUGGUUUCUUUGUAGAUCUUUUAUCUGGAGAGCAAUUUCCUCAUCUCAGAAUGAGGAUACAAAGGAAAUUCAUUGAUAGAGAUAUACAGAGCGUAUCUAAAUGGUUGGAGAAAAGGCUUUUAGGAAGCAUAAUGAAAUCAGAGGGUGGGGUGAAUAUUGCAAAGGGGAGAUCCAUUUCUCUCCGAGAUUCAACCAUGAAUUUUAUUUUAUGCCUAGUAUCGCCGCCAUCUGAAAAAACAGUCGAUAGCGUUGCAACAUCAUAUUUUCAAUUCUGCACUGCUAUUACUUGA